UGCUCUGCUUCAAACUCUGCGACCAACCCGCGGGCUCCACCUAGCCGUGGAACUGCUCUCUUUUGUGGCCGCCGUUGCAAGCUUCCCUUUUAUAGAUCAACACAUUAGGUUGGCAAAUAAAACAAAGGUGGUAUAUCAUGUGUACAUUGAAUGGAGUAAGAAGAGUUGAUCUUCAAUAGAAGUAGGUGAAUGGAGUUAGAAAAGGUGAUAAUUUUGAAUAAAAAUAGAUGGCAAAUUGAAUAUUCUUGAUUAUCCAUAAAGAUUCAUUCCACGAAUUGAACCUUAUAUCAAAUUGUAGAUCAAAAUAGUUUCAUACCUAACACUUCCCUUCAAUGUCUCAACCAGAAAAUGAGUCCCAAUCUCCACACCGCCACCAUCAUCAACCUCACCAUCUUAAAAUCCCUCUUACACCGUUCAAUUUCCCUAAACCACUUCAACCAGAUCCUCUCCCAAUCCAUUCUCACUGGCCACAUCCACAACACACUCUUCUCCACCAAACUCUUCACCUUCUCCCUCCCCUCCUUCCCCUUCCACCACUCUCUCCGCAUUUUCACUCACUUCCGCCAAAACCCUAACCCCUUUGCCUCUAACUCCCUCAUGCGUGCUCAUGUCGAUCGCAACCAACCCCACCAUGCCAUUUCCCUCUACAACUCCCUUUGCAGAACAAGUGCUGUUUUUGAUAACUACACACACCCCAUCCUCCUCCGUGCAUGCGCCUCACGUACCUCUGAGCUCGAGGGGAGGCAAGUGCAUUCCCAUGUUCUCAAGAUGGGUUUUGGUUCUGAUCUUUAUGUCAACAAUACCUUGAUUAAUUUGUAUGCUGUUUGCGGGAACAUGGAGAGCGCUCGCAAGGUGUUCGAUGAAAGUCCCGUGUUGGAUAAGGUUUCGUGGAACACGAUUUUGGCUGGGUAUGUUCAAUUGGGUGAUGUGGAGGAAGCAGAGAGGGUUUAUGCUAUGAUGCCAGUGAGGAACACGAUUGCUUCGAAUUCGAUGAUUGUGCUGUUUGGGAAGAGUGGUUGUGUUGAGAAGGCGCGCCAACUGUUUGAUGAGAUUGAGGAAAAGGAUAUGAUCUCGUGGACUGCGCUGGUUUCAUGUUAUGAGCAGAAUGGGAUCUUUGAGGAGGCCUUGGGUUUGUUUGUUGAGAUGAAUGCUAAUGGGGUGGUGGUGGAUGAGGUGGCCGUGAUUAGUGCUGUGUCUGCUUGUGCACAUUUGAUGAUAGAUAGGACUGGGAAGGUGAUACAUGGCUUGGCUACAAAGGUAGGGAUUGAAGGUUAUGUUAGCUUGAAGAAUGCACUGAUCAAUUUUUACUCGAGUUGUGGGGAAAUAUUGAAUGCUCGGAAGGUUUUUGAUGGUGGUUUGCUUGCGGAUCAGAUAUCUUGGAACUCAAUGAUUUCUGGGUACUUGAGAUGUGGCUUGGUUGAGGACGCUGAGAUGCUGUUUGAUUCUAUGCCUGAGAAGGAUGUUGUGUCUUGGAGUGCUAUGAUAUCUGGUUAUGCGCAACAUGAACGAUUCUCGGAGGCCUUGGCUUUGUUUCAGGAAAUGCAGGUUCAUGGAAUUAGGCCUGAUGAGACUGUUUUAGUGAGUGUUGUCUCGACAUGUACCCGUCUUGCUGCUUUGGAUUUGGGUAAAUGGAUUCAUGCUUAUAUAAGUAAAAAUAGAUUGAAAGUUAAUUUCAUCUUGGGCACAACACUUAUAGAUAUGUACAUGAAAUGUGGUUGUGUGGAGAAUGCAUUGGAGGUUUUCCACGGAUUGGAGGAAAAGGGGGUUUCUACAUGGAAUGCGCUCAUUCUUGGGUUGGCAAUGAAUGGUUUAGUACAAAAGUCACUUAGCAUGUUUGAGAUGAUGAAAAAAUCAGGAACUUGUCCUAAUGAAAUUACAUUUGUGGGAGUUCUUGGGGCUUGUCGGCAUAUGGGACUAGUAGCCGAGGGGCGCCGCUACUUUAAUUCCAUGAUUAGAGAACACAAGAUAGAGCCGAAUGUCAAGCAUUACGGAUGCAUGGUUGACCUGUUGGGGCGUUCAGGUUUGCUUAAGGAAGCAGAGGAAAUGAUCGAGAGUAUGCCAAUGGCACCGGAUGUUGCUACAUGGGGUGCUUUGCUUGGUGCGUGUAGGAAGCACAACAACAAUGAAAUGGGAGAGAGGGUUGGAAGAAAACUCAUUCAGCUUCAACCUGAUCAUGAUGGUUUCCAUGUGUUAUUGUCAAAUAUAUACGCUUCGAAAGGGAAUUGGGGCAAUGUUCUUGAAAUUAGGGAUAUUAUGGCACAACAUGGGGUGGUCAAGAUACCUGGUUGUAGCAUGAUUGAAGCAAAUGGGAUAGUUCAUGAAUUUUUUGCAGGGGAUAAGACACACCCAAAAAUCAAUGAUAUUGAACAUAUGUUAGACAUAGUGGCUGCAAAAUUGAAGAUUGAGGGAUAUACACCAAGCACAAAUGAAGUUUCACUUGAUAUUGAUGAAGAAGAGAAGGAAACUGCACUUUUCAACCAUAGUGAGAAACUUGCGGUCGCGUUCGGACUGAUCACUAUUCCUCCACCAACUCCUAUCAGAAUAAUGAAGAAUCUGCGAAUAUGUAAUGAUUGCCACACCGUGGUGAAACUAAUCUCAAAAGCAUUCGAUCGCGAAAUUGUGGUGAGGGAUCGUCAUCGCUUCCACCACUUUAAACAUGGAUCUUGUUCCUGCAUGGAUUUUUGGUAGAAGAAUUUGUUGCAGACAAUCGAAUUGGUUUGGAGCAGCUUGCAUUCAUAAAACAUCACUUGGCUUGAACUCCUCUUAGUUUUGCUCAAGCUUGAUCCUGAUCAUGAAUUGAUUAUUGAGCUUUUGGAUCCACAACUUGUGACAAUUCAUAAAAACUUGCUUUCACUAAGAUUCAUGAGGGUUCAACAAAGUUGAUUCAUCUUCUUACCAGAUUAAACCCGAGGUAAUCACAACAUAAGUUCACCUAAAAUUAUAUUGGCAUGGCAGCCCAAAGUUCAACACAGCCAUGAAAAGGAUAUGAUGUGAUUGGUAUAAAAUACAAAGGUGUCAGUGUCACUGAAGACUAUGAGUCUGCCAUCUCUGCAUGCUUCGGAAUAUUGGGGUACCACUUUUUAUUAUUAUUAUUAUUAUCUUAUAUAUUAUCCAUGAGCCUAAUCAACCUGCUGAACAUUUUUUAAGUGCAUAGUGUAUAUUUGAUUAUUCGUAGUCAAAUUCUAUCCUAUCCUAUCCUAUAACAUACCUCGAAAAUAAGGUUAUUUUAGUAGUGGAAUUCCAACGUGUCAUCUCUUAUGUUCAUUCUGAGGUUUUAUUAAGAUAUCAAUAUUUUCACUCUUCACUCAUCAUAUUCUUAUUACCAUAUCACUCCUACAUGAAACCAUUUUCAUUACACUUCACAUUUCAUGAUUAUGUCAAAUUUUUCUAUCCUAUUUUUAAACUUGCUUCACAUGUGCACACUUUUCUGAAAUUUCAAUUUUUGUAAUUUUGAAUUCAAAUUCAAAAUUAAAAAGAGAAUCUCUCCAUUCUCUGUUUUCAGUUUUUUCUCUUCCUCAUCAAAAUUAAGAAAAUGAUUCUCUCCAUUCUUUUUUUUUCCUCCGUUCACUUAUUCUUUUCUUUUUUAGUUCUUAUUGGUUUCUUCCGUUCACUUUCUUACACAUCCCCGCUAUCAGGCGGAGGCACAAAGCUUUGUAUGGGAUCUGCUUCAAUUAUGGAUUCUUAAUGCUUUGCGAUGACGAGUUAUGUAUGUUCUUUAUUAUUUAAUCUAAUGUAUAUUUUUUAAUUUUGGUAAUAUUUGAAAUAUUGUUGUUGUUAUGCAUAUGCGUCUUUGUUUGGUAUGUAACUGUUAAUGCAGAAAAGCCAUAACAUUAUUGUUGUUGCCAGGAAUUUAUUUUCGAUUCGCCAAAAGGUCUUAACCUCUUUCCCUCUUAUAUUCAAUUUGCUUACAAUGUAUAAAACCAAAUAAGAUUUUUUUUAUGUCAAUGUACGUCAAAGGUUGGACCUUCUUUCACGAUGGGACUUCGUACAUCAUCAGAAAUUUUCCUUACCAGGAGAUGGCACAGAUUUUGUCUUCAAGAUGAUAUAGUCGAAGAAAACAAGGUCAAAUUUGACGUUCCUAUUGAUAAUGAGAAAUCAAUGAAUUUAAAAGUUUUAAAUAUUUAGUAUUUGUUAGGAUUUUCUCUUCCAUCAAACACUAUAGUUUCUUUUGGUUAUUUAUU